GGGCGGGCGCACGGUAACUCUGCCUCCUCCUCUCUGUUGUGUAUGCUAUGUUUCCCCCACUCUUGCUAUCUUUUGGGCGUUACGUAUUAAUGACAAGAGUGGGAUGAUCAUUGGCGAAAUAAUUCUACCGUGUUGGUUGGAGAUAAGCCGGCAUGCCAGCGUGCCGCUAUAGCCAUGUACUCUCGUAAUAUGGAGUACUCAAUUAAGUUGUCAAUUACUUACCCAAGUAGGUAGGAAGACAGAUGAAACUGUAUAAUAUGUACCUAGUCAUGUUACCUCCCACCUAAUACACGUAGGAAUGCAUAUGUGUCGUGAUAGCGGCCGCCAGCCAGCCACCCAGCCAAUAUGUACUACUCCAGCUCAAGCCACCAAGGGAAAAAGCAAAUUCAUAGGUACAGCCUACUUUAAGAUUCUCAUCCUCCUUGUGCUUGAUCUGUCGAAUUUCCACGACUACAUCAGAUAUUACUUUCAUAAAUGUCUUCUAGAUCACCCCCUAAGGUAUGGGAAAAGGUCGAGAGAGAUCCUUCAAGUCGGCUACAUGUCGUUAUCGUUGGGGCUGGACUCGGUGGUCUCGGCGCUGCUAUUGCGAUACUUCUCGUAGGGCAUGAUGUCACAGUGCUCGAGAGCGCAUCCGAGAUUGGAGAAAUAGGUGCCGGGAUUCAAGUCUUGCCUAAUUCAUCAAGGAUAUUAAUAUCCUGGGGGUUAGAAGACAAGAUGGCCAAGUAUGCCACAAUGCCCCGUUAUUCCAAUAUGAUCGGCUGGAAGGGGAAUCAUUUGUCAAGGAUGGACCUUCAUGCCUAUGGGAAGGCUUUAGGGACGCCCUUCUGGGAUUUUCAUCGCGCCAAUUUACAUCGUUGUCUUCUAGACAGAGCCAUCGAACUUGGUGCCAAACUUCACGUCAAAUCAAGAGUCCAAGCGAUUGAGUAUGCCCAAGAUAAGUUGACUGCAACUGCCCGAUUGAGCGAUGGGAGGGCCAUGUCUGCAGACCUAAUUGUUGGGGCAGACGGUAUCUCGUCGCAGCUACGAGAAGUCUUACUCGGUAAACCGGAUCCUCCCGUGCCCACUGGAGACCUAGCAUAUAGGCUGCUCAUUGAUGCUAAGGAUAUGUUGGCAGACCCUGAACUGCGACACUUUAUCCAGGACCCUCAGGUCAACUACUGGAUAGGACCCGAUGCACAUGCCGUCAAUUAUGUCCUCAGGGGCGGGGAGUUAUUCAAUAUGGUUUUAUUGGUCCCGGAUGAUAUGCCCGCAACUUCCAUGACCGUAGAUGGGAAUGUAGAAGAGAUGCAAGCCUUAUACGAGGGUUGGGACCCUAAAAUAGGUAAAAUCUUGAAUCUCUGUCAAUCUGUUCAGAAGUGGAAGCUUUGUAUCCGCCCUACUCUAGAGAAAUGGACUCACGAAUCGGGAACAUUCACUUUACUAGGAGAUGCUGUUCACGCAACACUUCCAUAUCUCGCCAGUGGCUGUGGCAUGGCUUUAGAGGAUGGAGCAGCCUUAGGUCUCUGCUUAGCGAAGAUAACCAACAAAUCUCGUGAGCAGAAACUGCAAGCACUUAGAGUGUAUGAAGAAUGUCGAAAAGAGAGAACCGAGAGGGUAGUCGACAGGGGUAACUACCAACAGUACUUGUACCAUGUUCACGAUGGCAAGGAGCAGAGAGAAAGAGACAAAAGGUUCAAAAUGUUCGGGGAGAUUGACGAAUUAUUAUUGAAUAAUCCUGAGUUUAUUGCACGGCCGAGACUAGAAUCGGGUGAUGACCCCUUGCCUUGGAGGUACUACGGCGUUGGAGGUUGGUUGUUGGCAUACGAUCUUGAGAAGGAUGUAGAACUUAGAUGGGAACAGGCCCAACAGACCCAACAAGGCACGACACGCUCACGUCUGUAGUUUAACGGAGUCCAUCCAUAAGAGCGUAGCAUCUAUGUAGAUUUAAUUAAUUUUGGGGGGCACCUUGCCGAAAUCCACGGUAAUCCUUGGUAUCUAUCUUGUGGUCUCUGACGGAAACUCGCUCACAAGAAACAAGCGGUAGCUAGAAUAAUCGUUAUGAUUUAUUUUUUAAAUUUAUAUACCUAGGUACUGAAUAUAUAGGGUGUGGUUCACUCUAUUUCUA